AUGACCAACGCGACAACCUCCAGCUCGCAGGCUACACCUGGUGACCCCAACAUAUCCUGGCCGAUCGAGCGGCUCGCAAACCCACACGAGCAAGAAUGGCACCCAUCAUUCCUGGCCGAACGCCGUGGCAGCGACACCGCGAGCUCGAGCUCGAGCUCUCCCACCCCCGACCUUGACCGGUCCAACUACCCGGGCGGCACGAAAUCGCUGUCCGGCAUCUCGCUGCGCGCCUUUCUGCUCGGUACCUCUCUCGGAAUCACAGCCUCCCUGACAAUCCUCCUAAGCACAGUCUUCCCGACACCGCUGUGGCGCGUCCCGUUCUUCAUCGCUGCGCUGAGCCUCUUCCACUUCCUCGAGUACUUCGUCACGGCGCGGUAUAAUACACGCUACGCCACGGUGGGCGCAUUCCUGCUCACCUCGAACGGUUGGGCAUACAACGUGGCGCACGGGUCUGCGGCCGUAGAGUGUAUUGUAUCGCACUUGCUCUGGCCGGAGCAGACUCGGAUCGGGCAGUGGCUUUCUUUUACGGAGCCUAUCUUCGGAAUAUCGAUUUCGCUACCGCUUGUGGUGGGCUUCGUGCUCACGUUGGUGGGACAGGUCGUGCGGACAAUGGCGAUGGCUCAGGCGGGGAGCAACUUUAACCAUCAUGUCCAGUCGGAGCGUCAGGAGGGCCAUAUGCUGGUUAAGACGGGGCUGUAUGGAUACCUGCGGCAUCCCAGUUACUUUGGCUUCUUUUGGUGGGGCUUGGGGACGCAGUUGGUUCUGGGGAAUGUAGUGUGCUUUGUCGGGUAUGCUCUGGUGCUGUGGAGGUUCUUUUCCACUCGGAUCAAGCGUGAGUGA